UGCAGACUGAUUCUGCAAACAUUUGUGAAAGAAUGGGUCGCUCUCAGGAGCUCAAUGAAUUCAAGCGUGGUACUGUAAUAGGUUGCCACCUGUGCAAUAAGUCCAUCCGUAAAAUUUCCUUGCUACUAAAUAUUCCAUGGUCAACUGUUAGUGGUAUUAUAACAAAGUGGAAGCAACUGGGAACAACUGCAACUCAAUCACGAACGACAGAACGAGGCCAGCGCAUGCUAAAGCGCACAGUGCGCAGAUGUCGCCAACUGUCUGCAGAGUCAAUAACUAAAGACCUCCAACCUUUGCGUGGCCUUCAGAUUAGCACAAAAACAGUGCAUAGAGAGCUUCAUGGAAUGGGUUUCCAUGGC